AACAAACCCGGAGCGUGUUGACGUGUGUGUCGCCGGUUCGUACGGUGAUGUUACCCGGGGUCAGGGCAUAUGUCUGCUGUCACUACUCCGACAAAGUGUUGGCAGGAACAAAAAUGAGCUUAGUGUUAUAAACUUGGCGGUUAUCUGAACAGGAUGUACUAUGGUCACUAGAGAGAACAGACUUAUCUGUUCAACAUUUUAGAGACCCAAAUGCCCGGUCCCACCCAAGCCCUUUCCCCAAAUGGAGAGAAUAACAACGACAUCGUCCCGGACAACGGAUCCAACAUCAUUCCUUACAGGAAAAAUACAGUGCGAGGAGAGCGCGCCUACAGUUGGGGGAUGGCGGUCAACGUAUAUUCUACCUCAAUAACCCAGGAGACUAUGAGCAGGCAUGACAUCACUGCCUGGGUUAACGAUAUUCUCUGCCUAAACUAUACGAAAGUGGAGCAGCUUUCCUCAGGGGCUGCCUACUGUCAGUUCAUGGAUCUGCUCUUCCCUGGCUGCAUCAGUCUUAAAAAGGUCAAGUUUCAAGCUAAGUUGGAGCACGAGUACAUUCACAAUUUCAAACUGUUGCAGGCCUCCUUCAAAAGGAUGAAUGUGGACAAGAUUAUUCCUGUGGAGAAAUUGGUCAAAGGCAGGUUUCAAGACAAUCUUGAUUUCAUCCAGUGGUUUAAGAAGUUCUUUGACGCCAAUUACGAUGGUAAAGAUUAUGACCCAGUUGCAGCCAGACAGGGUCAGGAUGCCAUUCCCCCACCUGACCCUGGUGAGCAGAUCUUCAACCUGCCAAAGAAGUCCCACCAUGCAGCCAGCUCCCCUACUGCAGGAGCAUCAAGGAUGAGCACUACAACUCCCAAGUCCUCAACACCAACAUCCAGACCCUCAUCAGCCAAAAAGAUCCCUAUUCCGCCAACUCCUGCCAAAGGAGAGAAAGAACUGGAAGCACAGGUCACGCAUCUUACUGAGCAGGUGAACACAUUAAAGUUGGCACUGGAAGGAGUGGAGAAGGAGAGGGACUACUACUUCAGCAAGCUGCGACAGGUGGAGCUGCUGUGCCAGGAGCAGGGCGAAGAAAAUGCCCCUUUUGUCGAUCGGCUAAUGGAGGUCCUUUACGCCUCAGAGGAACAGGAAGGAGCGGAGCUGGCUGAGGGUGACGGACAGGAAGUAGACCAGCAAGCCCAUGAGGAGGCACCAGAUGAUCAGCAGGAGGAACAGGAUGAAUACUGACUGCCAUCAUCCCUCACCGCAGUUACACCCCUCUUUUUAAUAUGUGAGAACUGUUAAAGGAUUUUAAUUUUUCCUCAUGGUCUAUUUUUUUGUUUUCCAAGACUGAGCACAUGAAGCAACCUCCUGAAUAGAAGCACCAUCACAUUUUUUCUUUUUUGUAUCCCUCUGCUCACUGUUCGAUGUUUUUUGUGACUUUUGGUGAACUGCUGUGGCAGACAAGCUCAGACCAUCACAGAAGUUUCCGAGGACUGUGUGGGUGGAAGGUCAAUUCAAAUCCUACGGUAGAUGUGAUGAAAUGCUGAAUUUUAGACAGGUAACCGUUAUCUGUCAGUGCAAAUGUUAACUUCCCAGCUUCUGUCCUUUUUACAUUUUAUUUUGUUUUUAUUUUGCAUAUCAACAAUAUUAAUCACAAGAAUGCAAUAAGUAAAGCCCUGAAAGGGCUCGUAGUAGCUCUUAUUUAACCUCCUUCCAUAUGUUGCACUGACAUUUGACUCUGUACUGGACAAUCUGUCCAUAGACCCUCACCAUAUUUAUUAUUAUUAAGCCUUAGAAAUAGUGCAAGAAUCUGCAUUGCAUCCUCGUGAAGGAGGACAAUACAGUCAGUGAAUUGUGAAUAAAAUGUAGUAUAAUGCCAACUUAUGACUGUUUGACAUCCUCACAAAUUACAAGAUUUCAGAUAAUCAGUGUGCUCAACAAUGUGUUAUUCACACCAUACAAGGUGGUUUGGUGAUAUAGUUUACUUGGUAUGCCAUAAACAUAGGGAAGGCAGAAACAUUAUCGUGGACUAGUCUUAUUAUGAUGCAGCAUUUUAAGUUUUAAACCUCAGCUGGAACUUGUGGUCCGUUCAGAUUUCAGAGUUGUUGUUUUUUUAAACCACAGGUCUUAGGGAGAUGAGUCAGUUCACUGAGUAAUUUGCCAUGCUAUAUUCCAGUAAGUACAUUGUAUACCCUUUCUUAAUAUUGCAUUUACUAAUAUUGAACUGGGCAGUGCACCAUAAUGCUUUAGUCAUAUAUUAUUAUUGUGUAAAUGAAAAAGGAAUGUAAACAUGUACUGUCAAUAAUUAAUGAAUGGUAAAUGUUUUUUUUCAUGUCCCACUCAUUAUGCAUUCCCCAAAAAACGUGUUGCAUGUUUGCAUUUUAUUUGUGAAUAACUUGACCUGCUUUUUACAUAUUUAAUAAAAAACAAGUAUGUUAAGUGA